CUGGCAGAAGGGUCUGAAAAAAGAAUGUUAGCAUGUCUUUCCCCUGUUGGUACCGUAAAUAUCUUCCAUGUAGUUCACAGGGUUUAUUUUAGUCCGUGAGGCAGGAUCAAACGGUUUCUAGCUAAAGUCAAAGUCAGAGGCUUCCCAGUUUGCUCUGUGUUGAGUCAGAGAUUGGAUAAAAAGUUGUUUUUUGCCUUGAUAUCGACAGGAAAACACAACUUUAAAACUUCAGUGCAAGUAUGUCUAACGGCAGAGACCUUGAGGAUCUCAACGAAGAGGACAUUGAUGAGGAUGAAAUCCUUGCAAUGCUUUCGCCUGAGGAGCUUAAGGAGCUUCAGAGUGAGAUGGAUGUUAUUAUUGCACCAGAUGAGAGUGUACCAGUAGGACAGAGACAGAAGGACCAGACAGAAAAACCACCUACAGGGACGUUUGACCACAGAUCCCUAGUUGAUUACCUCUACUGGGAGAAAGAGUCUAAACGUAUGCUCGAGGAAGAAAGAGUGCCUGCUACUCUCCUGCCCAGUGAGAAAACCUUGAGGGAGGAAUCUGAAAAGAAAGAAAAAGAAGAAAACGCAGGAUGUGGCAAAUAUGAGGUGUAUGAAGUCAUAGAGGAAGUCACUGAAGAAGAAGCUGCAGAUUGUGAAAAUGGAGAGGAAAUUAUAGAGGAGAUUAUUGAGGAAAUUGUUGAAGAAGAAGAAGUUGAUGAGAGGGAUGAAAAGGACAAAAUAAUAGAUGUGGGAAGAGAGAAAGAGACGAAGCAACUUGUUGAAGUCCAACCUGACAAUGUAGAUGAACACGCAGAGCCUCUGGAUAUCACAGAAAAAGCACCAGGAAAAAAUACAACUGACAGUCAGCCUUUCUCAGACACAAAGGAGACUACUGAGACCUUAGCUCUGAAACACAACACUGAAGAGAAAGAAGGAAAUAAAAGUACAAAAUGUUUGCCUCCCCAAGAGGCUCCAGAGGAGCCAGAAACAGUCGAACCCAAUGAGAAGCUUCCAGAGAAAGAAGAGAGAAAAAUAGGUAAACUGAAAAUCCCGAAGCUUUCACUCAAUAAUAUAAAAAUUACAUCAAGGCCUUCAGGAAAUGAUACAAACUUGGAGUCGACACUUGAUAAGAUCCGCAAAAACAACCCCUCUAUCACUGAGGUAAACCUCAACAAUAUAGAAAACAUUCCCAAAGAGAUGCUCGUGGACUAUGUCAACGCCCUGAAGAAGAAUAAAUAUGUUAAAACAUUCAGUUUAGCCAACACUGGUGUCGAUGAAAAUAUUUCUUUCAAUCUAGCCAACAUGCUACGAGAGAAUCGCAGCAUUACGACUUUAAACAUUGAGUCAAACUUCAUAACUGGCAAAGGCAUCGUUGCCAUCAUUCGCUGCCUCCAGUUCAAUGAGACUCUCACAGAGCUGCGUUUUCACAACCAGAGGCAUAUGCUAGGUCAUCACGCAGAGAUGGAAAUCUCUCGCUUGCUCAAGGCCAACAACACCCUUCUGAAGAUGGGCUACCACUUUGAACAGCCAGGGCCCAGGAUGGUAGUGACCAACAUUUUAACAAGGAAUCUGGACCGUCAGAGGCAGCUGAGGAAGGAAGAGCAGAGGCAGCAACAGCUAAAGCAGCAGAGGGAGCUGAUGCAGAUGUAUGAGAGCAGUCUCAAUCUACCUCCUGGUUUACUUGAGAUGCUGGGAUACAUACCACCCAUAGAAUUCCUACAGGAGCAUGGACUUGCCCCACCCUCAUCAGAGCUGAAUGCUGUUGUGCAAACACAACACCAGACAGAACAACCAGAGCCCCAGAAGAAGAUCAAACACAAAAGCAUUCCCAAACAACCCAGUGAUGAACCAGCAAACCCAUUAAAGGAUGUCCAGCUGAGGAGAACUCCAAAAAAACGGGAUCCUAUAUUCGAGCUGGACCCAAGAGAUGAUAGAAGAUUAGAGAGGGCAAGCUUUCAACUGAGGAAGACUCCCAAAGUGAAGGAUACAGGCAGUGCAGGGAAUGAGGAUGAAACGGCCAAUCUGACUGACGUGAUCAAGUCUUUAAAACCUGUCCCUCGCAGACGAUUACCUCCAAAGGUUGACGUCACACCUCGUGAUCAGCUCCUAAAUGAUAUCAAAAAGAGCAAUGUGGCUUAUCUCAAAUCUGUGCCUCUCCCUAAAGCCCUGGAAUCAAGUGAAACGAGUCUCCUGUAAGGCGCUGCUGUUUCUUCACCAUAGUAUUUGUUUUUAUUACACAUGCUCAGUAUUAGUCACUUCACAUGAACAGUACAAAUUGCUACUGAACUUUAAUUACCUAGAGAAAAAUACAGGUUAGUUCUGUUUUAUUUCAAUACGUGAUAUAGUCUUUGCAAAGUCACAGCAAUUAUGAACACUGACUACAGCCAAAUAUUGUGUAUUAAUUCUACAGUAAAGCAUGUUACCCUUUCGUAAUUUGAAAGCUCUUCUGAAUACAGUGCAUGGUUAAGAAAAAAAAAGUGUAUUCACACAGUAUUUGUUCAUGAUGUCUACAUAUACAACAAUUUCUCUAAUCUUUGUGCUUAAAAUGAAUUAGCAAGCGUGUUUGAUUAAAUGUUUGUGACUUAAUCAUUUUGCUAUUAAAUAAUAUAAACCUUC